AAUAGCAACAUCCGGUGACUAAUUGACCACCAAAAUAUUAGCAUUAGUUGCCGUUAAGGGUUUGGAAAUCCACUAGAUAAUCAGAUAAAAUAUAAAUUAAUUAAUAGGUUUAUAAAACUUCAGUGUAAGGCGUACAAAUAAUGUCUGAUGAGACUGAAAUAGAAAACAAAAUGUACGAGAGUAUGGGCCCACCGACUCCUUUUCUUCCUUUUGGAGAGAAUAAUGAAGACGUUGGAGAGGAUAAUAAAGUCAAUGUGACGGUAGAAUAUUGCCCUUUGUGUUUAGGAACGAAAAGAGCGUUAUAUUGCAUGGAAUGUAUAAAAAAAGGCAAUUUCACGCACUCUAAGAAAAAACCUUCGAAUAAAAGAACAGAGACAUAUCAGGAAAAGGCGAAAAAAUUACAAAAACAACUAUAUAAUCGAGAUAAACUAAAAAAACGAAUAGCAGAAAAAUUAGCACAGAAUGAAAGUAGAAAAAAAAAGCAAUUGGCAAUAAUCGAAACUAAACGACAUUUGAAUGUUCUCCAAAAUGGUUUAGAAAUUGCUACUAAUAAAUGCGACGAACUUGAAAAAGCGAUAAAAAUCUAUCGAGAGAAGGCUAAUAUUACUGAUAGGAUAUUGGCCAAACACAAAGUGAAGUAUAAGGAAAUGGUAAACAAUUUGAAAGCUCAUAAAGAAUCACAUGACAAAACCUUGAAGUUAAAAGAGAUAUGGGAAAAGGUUGCUUUGGAAAGAAGAGAGCGUGUUCAGGAACUUGUCGAAUAUAUUUUCCCUAUUACUGAAGAGAAAGUGGCUGAUAUAAGCGAUGAAGAAGACGAGGAAGAUCCCAUUACGGCAGAAUUACGAGACGCUAGACAUGCCACUCUUAUUCAUGGAAAGUGGAUUCAUGAUAGUGCUUCUGAGAAUAUUUAUCGAGUUGUAGAUGCCCCAAUGCCAGGCAUUUGUCAAUCAGAUAUAGCAUCUCUUUUGGCUAAUAUUUCUGUAGAAAAGACACCAAUUCUAAAGCCCAAAAAUUCUCAAUCAUACGGAGUUGCCGCUGCAUUUACUUAUCUCGGGCAAUUAAUUGCCUCUCUAUCAGCCAUCUUGGACGUACCUCUUCCAGAAGGUUUUGCAAAUCAAAGUCUCAGUAUGGCCGUGGCGCUUUUAUCGUCAUCCGAACCAUCUUCCAAUCUCUUUAUAAUGGCUGCCAUAUGCGUAAAUCGAUGUGCACUUUUAUUAGCUUCAUCUCAACUUGUUCCGUCCGAUUCCAUUAGAGCUCGACAUGCUGUUCAUAAUGUCAUAGCUACUCUAAAAAGUCCAGAUCUCGGAAGAAUCGGUCAUUUCGAAAUUACAGAGAGACUUGUCUGCAGUGUCGACGGUCAAUUAAUAUUUGACAACAUUGAUAUGCCUAAUUGGUUGAUAUCGGAGACAAUUGACAGCGAGGAAGAUGAUGCAGAUGAAAAUUGGGAACAAGUUCCUAUUUCUCUACCAGACGACGGUCAAUUAGUAUUAACAAGAAAUCCAUCCGAAUCAGGAGCAUUUGCAGUCAUGUCUUCGGCUGUAGCAUCGCUAUUUACAAACGUUUCAACUCAAACUCAAACGAAAUGA